AUGAUCAGAGGUGGUUCUCAUCGAUAUCGCCCUCUCUCCUUGUGCUGCUGCCCUCUGCUGCCCAUCUGUUUCCUCUUCUGCUGCCCCCUCUCUACUGCUGCCCUUCUCUACUGCUGCCCCCUCUCUCUCUCUACCGCUGCCUCCCCCUCUACUGCUGCCUCCUCUCUACUGCUGCCCCCCCCCCUCUACCGCUGCCCCCUCCUACUGCUGCCCCGCUGCCCCCACAGGCUGACCGCCCAGCGCACGGUGGAGGACGAGGAGGAGGUAGCGCGGGAGCGGCGGCGUCGCGAGCGGGAGGAGCGAUCCCGCUCCAGGCGGGACGGCGACGACGCCGACGACUCGGGGGGAGGAGAAUGUGGAAGAGGAGGAGGUGGAGGCAGCUACAGCGUCGAUGGCGGCGGAGGUCACGGGGCAGCAGCCGUCACUGUGGAGGUGGCGUCGCGAUCCAGAUCCCAGGCCGUGAAGCCUUCGACUCCGAUCGCUGCCGGGGUCAAAGGGCGGAACACCGAUGAAGACGACGACGACGACGAGGGCUUCUCCGAGCGCAGGCGGCGCGAGCGUGAGACGCGCGACGACGGCGCCGGCGAAGAUGUGGCGCCGGCGGGAGGAGCCACCUCCCCCACCUCUUCCACCUCGACGUCGGGCGCCACCCGGGCCGUGGGGCAGCGCGAAGAGCGGAAGAAGGAGGAGCGGGAGAGGGAGGAGAAGGAGGAGAAGGAGGAGGCAGAGAGGAAGAAGAGGAGGGAGAGGGAGAGGAAGGAGAGGGAGGAGCGGGAGAGGGAGGAGCGGGAGAAGGAGGAGGUGGAGAGAAAGAAGCAGAAGGAGAGAAAGGAGAGGGAGGAGAGGGAGGAGCGGGAGAGGGAGGAGAAGGAGGAGGCGGAGAGAAAGAAGAAAAAGGAGAGGAAGCAGAGGGAGAGGGAAGAGCGGGAGAAGGAGGAGGAGAAGGCGGAGGCAGAGAGAAAGAAGCAGAAAGAGAGGAAGGAGAGGGAGGAGAGGGAGGAGCGGGAGAGGGAGGAGAAGGAGGAGGCGGAGAGAAAGAAGCAGAAGGAGAGGGAGCAGAGGGAGAGGGAAGAGCGGGAGAAGGAGGAGAAGGAGGAGGAGGCGGAGGGGAAGAAGCGGAAGGAGAGGAAGGAGUGGGGGGACGAUGCCGAGCACGAGAAGGCCGAGGAGUGGAAAGGGAGAGGGGCCGGUGUGGAGAAGUUCUCGGUGGGCGACGAAGGCCGAGAUGACAAGUUGACAGCCGCAGGUGACUUGCCGCGAGGAGGGACAGGGCAGCGGUCCGCGGGUCGCUUGGGCAGCAGCUCGGGGAGCGCGCGAGGAGGAGGAGGUAAAGGUGGCAGCAGCAGCAGCAGCGUCUCGCACGACGACACCAGCGGCGUGGAGCGGAUGGAACGGGUGGAGCGGGUGGAGCGGACGGAGCGGACGGAGCGGACGGAGCGGACGGAGCGGACGGAGCGGACGGAGCGGACGGAGCGGGCGAGCGUGGCGAGCGUGACGCUGAGCCCUAUCACGCCGGAGGGCGGCACCAGCGUCUGGAGCCGGAGCUCCCUGAAGGCCGGAGCCUCCGAGCGCUCCGAGCGCUCCGAGGGGGCGGACAAGCCGAGCGCUCGCUCCGCCCGCCGCUCCGCGUCGUUCGACAACGAGGAGGAGGAGGAGGAGGAACCACCCGGCGGAUUCGCCUCGCGGGGUCACGGGGUCACGCGCAGCUUCCGUACGCCCAGCCGCAAGGGCACCGAUCUUGAGGAGCUGGGAGAGCCCGAGGCUUUGGUGGCGAUCAGCGACCGAUCCGAGUUCCUGAACAAAACGGUGCAGCGGAGCUACAGCCUCAAGUCGCCACGGCCGAUAGCGAAGAUCGACACCAAGCUGUACACGAGCGCCGUCGAGCAGAGUGCAGUGCGAGGCUCCGGCAGGGUGGUGCGCCCGCUGGCGGUGGAGGUUCCCCUGCCGGCGGACAGCGUGGCGCUCAGGAAGAGCCUCUUCGAGCGCGGCGACGUGGCCUCUCCAACCUCGCCACGUGGCAACCCCACCCGGGACGUGUCGGGUUUGAACGUCGGCAUCGCGAGCCGAAUCAGCCAGUGGAGCAACAAGAACGAGGAGGGAACCGCUAAGGGGAGCGCCGCCCGUCCCUCCGACAUCCGACCGGGUGAUGUCUCCACGAAGAAGAGCAUCUGGGAAAGUAAGCCGAGCGCUGGCAGCCCACCGGAGAAAUCAGCUGCAGCUCCCAGCAAGGGCAACCCCAGCGGCAAGCGCUUCAAGUUCGUGAUGGUGGCUCCCGGCAAGUACGAGAAGGUCCCCAUCGACUCUGCCGCCGGCGACAACCAUUUCGCGAACGGAGGAGGCUCGGAGCACGAGGAGAGCGAGCAGUAGCCGGGCCACGGCGAAUGUGCCCCACACACUACUCGCAGAGCGCAGAGGUCGAUGGAGAGGGGGCUGACGGACGGAUACAGGGACAUACACGCGGAUGGACAGACGAACUCUUGGACAGACACACAGACGGGCGCACCGACGCACGGACACGCGGACACACACGUGGACUGGCACACAGACGAACACAUGGACAAAUACACGGGACAGGUGAAAGGACGGAGCGUUUGGCCGUGCGUGAAUUUCCCAGCGGCUGCCUUCCACUCCAGUCGUCGAGGCCCCCCCCCCCCCUCUCCCCGAGUCGUCGGAGUCCGUGCGUCGGCUGGUUUACGCCGCAUCUGUGGGCUGAUGGUUGGGAGGUGGCACGUGGGUGGACCAAUGGUGGACCAUGGUGGACCACGAUGGACCAUGAUGGACCACGCUUGACCACGCUUGACCACGGUGGCUGGCGUUGAAACCCCCACCCAGCUCAUUGUCUGCUCCCAGUCCGGUCGUCAAGGACUUGUAGCUGUUAAUGUCGCGCUAACAACAUCAACAACAACGACGAUAAUGUUGACGGUGAGCCACUCCGUCACGUAUCCGACUCGCUGGGGAGGCUCGGGGCGGAUGUGUGAACACCGGUAUAAAACAACGGCACGCAACGGCCAGCACGUACCGGUGGGGGUUGCUGGGCAAAAAAUGAAUGCGGUGUAAAAAAAAAACUGCUCCGAACUUUGCCGUUUAUUAUCUCGCGAACGUACGUCCAUGUGUUGAACUUCUUUCGCACCGCGCGUAGCCAAACCGCGCUCUUAUCGCAGGUGCGGCGGGGGGUUGGGGGGGCAUGGCGACAAGCUGGAGACAAAAAAAUCAGUUCUCAAGGAAUGAGUUGUAACGGGUAGGCUUUCGGGACCAAAAUUGAUGAUCGUGUACAUCUGGCUGCCGCCUGAUGAUGCCGGUUGUACUUCCUGGCGAAACGUGGAAAAUGUUGUGGAUUUGCUCCCCAACACACAACUGGUUUAGUGCUGUACUAGUGACGAAUCGGCAAGUUCUGUUUACGUGACAACCGUUACUAGUUGUGCUGUGUCGGGGGGGGGGGGGUGGUGGCGGGUUUAACGACACAACAUUGAUAUUUUGCGCGAUCUAACCCGCCAAGAACGACGACCUGUAUCGCUAAAGAAACGAGUGUGUCAAUCGAGACGGCGAUUGAAACGUUGCGUAAGCUCACAGUGGCUUCCGAGUAUUGGAAGGGGAGAGACGGGCCACAGAGGCGCAUCCGAAAGCGCCGCUCGAUGACGCGACAACCGGCGGCUCGGCCAAAACCCCCGCUGCCGCUGCUGCUGCUGCUGCUGCUGCCCGCUGUCGCUGCGGUGAUGGUGACCCCGGAGUGUCACGUGGUGGCGUUUUUGUUUGGUUUGUUUUCGCUCUCCUUGACGAGAUCGGCGGUGGCGAGGUAUCACGGUUCAUUUUGCGUCCAGGCGCUUUGUGCGCGUGUGUGCGUCCAGGCGCUUUGUGCGCGCGUGUGUGCGUGUGUGUGUACGUGUGCGUGCGUGUGUGUGUCUGUGCGUGUGUGUGCGCGUGUAUGCGUGUGUGUGUGUGCGUGUGUGUGUGUGUGCGCGUGAGCGGCGAGACGGUCGGUGCGGAUUUGCGGAGAGCGUCCGUUGGAGGAUCGACGCCGCCGCCGCCUCCUACAGCAUCGUCAUCUUUCUCCUGCUGCUGCAUGGAAUCCGAUGAGCCGUGAAGCUCUUCUGUUUUCCACGGACGCCCCCCCCCCCCACCCCACCCCCCCCUCGUCACGCGCUGUGGGUGGUUGAUCAGCCAGCGGGGGGGCGGGGGGGAUAUUGUGACGUUGCAUUCUUACGUAGCUCCUUCGUGUGCUCUCUCUUAAUUGGUGGGGGGGGGGGGGUCGCGAAUGUAUCUGCCCGUGCGAUGUAUUUGUCCGGUUGGCUUUGGUGGUGGGGGGGGGGUGGUGAUGGGGGAGGAGGCGCGUGGUUGCUGGGUCUCUCUCGUGCUUAGGGCGAUCGACGUCGCGCAUUCACGCAAACUUAAAUUUCGAUUUAAAGCUUUCGUGACUGCAGGGAUUCAUCUUCUUGGUUCUUUCGGUAAAGUCACGUAGAAGGGAAGUAAUAAAAUAAUAA